GCGGAACUCCUCUCAGCUAAGAAACUUCCGGCCUUCAUCCAAUCAUCGCCGUACGGGAUCUGAAGCCUCUGGCGCCAUCUUGAGUGAGGGCAAGCCUCCGCGAGCCUCUAGGAGCCGAUCAACUUCUCUCUCUUGCCUAAAACCUCUUGGGUCGAGCCCUUUCGGUAGAACGAGUGUCAUACAGGGCCAGAAAUCGGAGCCCAGGUGCCUUCCAUCGCUUGAGAGCCAGCGACCCCCGCCCUAGGCUUUCAUCUUCAGGAUGGCUGAGCUGAUCCAAAAGAAGCUGCAGGGAGAAGUGGAGAAAUACCAACAGCUGCAGAAGGACUUGAGUAAAUCCAUGUCAGGGAGGCAGAAGCUUGAGGCCCAGCUUACAGAAAAUAAUAUCGUGAAGGAGGAACUGGCCUUGCUGGAUGGAUCCAACGUCGUCUUUAAGCUGCUGGGACCCGUGCUUGUCAAACAGGAGCUAGGGGAGGCUCGGGCCACGGUGGGGAAGAGGCUAGACUAUAUCACAGCGGAAAUUAAGCGCUACGAAUCGCAGCUUCGGGACCUUGAACGGCAGUCAGAGCAACAGAGGGAAACCCUUGCUCAGCUGCAGCAGGAGUUCCAGCGAGCCCAGGCAGCAAAGGCUCCUGGGAAGGCCUGACCCCCAUGGAAGGGGGAGGGGAGGGAAGGGGGAGGCAGCUUCAGGGUCCCCACUAGAAUAGCCAAUAAAAUGUAAACAAAAGCAAGUCAUUCUACCAGCCUCUGAGAUAGAGUCCUUGCGGCUGGAAUCUCUGUGGCGGUUCUGGUGCUGAGAACUAAACGCCUGUGUGCCUUCAAUUUGGAGUCUGAAA